AUGAGUAUGUUUAUGGUAUCGUCACAACAGCCAUGGACUGAAGAUGCACUCAAAAACUUAACCGAAUUGCGCAAGAAUGUGAAGAGAAUUUUAGAGGUGAUAGUGGGUUUGUUAAAAGAUAGU